GUCCUGGAUGCCUCGUCCCUUAGUUUCAGCACCAGGUUGAAAUGGUUCGUCAUCUGCUUCGUGAGCGGCAUCUUCUUUUCCAUCCUUGGAACUGGAUUGCUGUGGCUUCCCGGUGGCAUAAAGCUUUUUGCAGUGUUUUAUACCUUUGGAAAUCUCGCCGCCUUGGCCAGUACAUGCUUCUUAAUGGGGCCCGUGAAGCAGCUGAAGAAAAUGUUUGAAACAACAAGAUUGCUUGCAACCAUUAUUAUGCUUCUGUGCUUCGUGUGCACCCUGUGUGCUGCUCUCUGGUGGCAUAAGAAAGGACUCGCCCUGCUUUUCUGCAUAUUGCAGUUCUUGUCCAUGACCUGGUAUAGUCUGUCAUACAUUCCAUAUGCAAGGGACGCCGUCAUUAAAUGCUGUUCCUCCUUUCUGAGUUGAAAAUCAGGAACUCGUGGCAAAGACUUCCCUGGCUGCGGCUGCCCUCUGCGGUGAAGGAUGCUUUUCCCAGUGAAAGGAUGACCCCGAGAAGCCCGCAGUGGCAGUCUGAGCCCGUGUGUAUGUACUGGUGGAUCUACGCUUGAUUAAACUGUUACGUGCCUGUAACUGUCCUUUCA